AUGGCUCUUCCAAAGAGAAUUAUCAAGGAAACAGAGCGUCUUGUUGCAGAUCCUGCACCUGGAAUCUCGGCGACACCCCAUGACGAUAACCUGCGCUACUUUGACGUGACUAUCGACGGACCUGAGGGCAGCCCUUUCCAACAUGGAAAGUUCAAGCUUGAGCUUUUCCUACCCGAAGAAUACCCUAUGGCACCUCCCAAAGUGAGGUUCUUGACGAAGAUCUAUCACCCCAAUAUCGAUAAACUCGGUCGUAUAUGUUUAGAUAUCUUGAAAGAUAAAUGGUCGCCCGCCCUCCAAAUCCGAACAGUUCUGCUAUCCAUACAGGCGCUGCUAAGCGCGCCCAACCCCGACGACCCCCUAGCCACCGACGUCGCUAAACACUACAAGGAGGAUGAGAAGGACGCACAACGAGUGAGCCAGGAGUGGACACAGAAGUACGCGGUUUGA